AGCCCCUCGGCCUCCUGUCUCACCCCCAGCACCCCUGCCGGCCACCCCCAGUCUGCCACCCCCACCCCAGCCCCAGCUGCAGCUUCGGGUCUCGCCCUUCGGCCUCCGCACUUCUCCCUAUGGCAGCAGCCUGGACCUCAGCACUGGCAGCUCUUCACGGCCGCCCCCCAAGGCCCCGGCCCCUCCCGUGGCUCAGCCUCCCCCCUCAUCAUCCUCUUCGUCCUCCUCCUCCUCAUCUGCCUCCUCCUCGUCCGCGCAGCUCACCCACCGCCCCACCCCCACCCCUGCUGCAGGUGCCAGGGCACCCUGGGGCCUCAGCCGCUAACGCCCUUUCUGAGCAGGACCUGAUCGGCCAGGACCUGAACUCUCGCUACCUGAAUGCCCAGGGUGGCCCUGAGGUGGUGGGGUCAGGGGGCUCAGCCCGGCCCCUGGCCUUCCAGUUCCACCAGCACAACCACCAGCACCAGCACACCCACCAGCACACCCACCAGCACUUCACCCCUUAUCCCCCGGGCCUGCUGCCACCCCACGGCCCCCACAUGUUUGAGAAAUAUCCAGGAAAGAUGGAAGGCCUUUUCCGACAUAAUCCGUACACGGCCUUCCCUCCCGCAGUGCCCGGGCUACCUCCGGGCCUCCCGCCGGCUGUCUCCUUUGGCUCCCUGCAGGGGGCCUUCCAGCCCAAGAGCACGAACCCUGAGCUGCCACCACGACUGGGGCCAGUGCCGAGCGGGCUCCCCCAGAAGGGGACACAGAUCCCCGACCAUUUCCGGCCACCUUUGAGGAAACCAGGGAAGUGGUGUGCCAUGCAUGUGCGCGUGGCUUACAUGAUCCUGAGACACCAGGAAAAGAUGAAGGGUGACUCCCACAAGCUUGACUUUCGGAACGACCUCCUGCCCUGCCUUCCGGGGCCCUAUGGGGCCCUGCCCCCUGGGCAGGAGCUCUCCCACCCGGCCUCCCUCUUCACUGCGACUGGUGCCGUCCACGCUGCAGCCAAUCCUUUCACGGCAGCUCCCGGGGCCCACGGACCCUUCCUGAGCCCCAGCACCCACAUUGAUCCCUUUGGGCGUCCCACAAGCUUCGCCUCCUUGGCUGCCCUCUCCAACGGGGCCUUUGGAGGCCUGGGCAGCCCCACAUUCAACUCCGGCGCCGUCUUUGCUCAGAAAGAAAGCCCAGGGGCCCCACCAGCCUUCGCCUCCCCCCCAGACCCAUGGGGCCGCCUGCACCGCAGUCCUCUGGCCUUUCCUGCCUGGGUCCGGCCCCCUGAGGCCGCCCGGACACCAGGCUCAGACAAGGAGCGGCCUGUGGAGCGGAGGGAGCCCUCUAUCACCAAGGAGGAGAAGGACAGGGACCUCCCCUUCUCACGGCCCCAGCUUCGAGUUUCUCCUGCUACUCCCAAGGCCCGGGCUGGAGAGGAAGGGGCCCGGCCAGCCAAGGAAUCCGUGCGGGUAAAGGAAGAGCGAAAGGAAGAGGCUGCCCGCCCCCCCCCCCCCCCCGGCCCCCCCCCCGCUGCCGCCGCUGCAGCCACCGGGCCUCAGGGUCUUCACCUGCUGUUUGAGAGACCCCGACCACCUCCCUUUCUGGGCCCUAGUCCACCAGAACGCUGUGCUGGCUUCCUGGAGCCAACCUGGUUGGCAGGGCCCCCACGCCUGGCUAGGCCACCCCGCUUCUAUGAGGCGGGUGAGGAGCUGACUGGACCAGGGGCCGUGGCUGCUGCCCGCCUCUACGGUCUAGAGCCUGCUCAUCCUCUGCUAUACAGCCGCUUGGCUCCACCACCGCCUCCUGCUGCGGCCCCAGGAACCCCUCACCUUCUCAGCAAGACCCCACCAGGAGCCCUUUUGGGGGCACCACCUCCUCUUGUGCCCGCCCCCCGGCCUAGUUCCCCACCUAGAGCCCCUGGCCCAGCCCGGGCUGACAGGUGAGGGAAGGGGAGGGGCAGGGGCAAAGCUCCAUCCCCCCCCUUUUCUUUUGACAAGGUCCUAGGGCUGAGGUUUUAAGCCAGGGCUGGAGGGCAAAGGUCAUGACCUCACUAGCCAUCUCUGAGGUCAUGUAACCUGGGAGCAGUAGCCCACCCCCCACAAGAUCAAGCAUCACAUGGAUCGUGGGGCCAUGGAGGGGAGAGGUUAUAAGCCUCUAGAAAGAGAGCUGUGUGUGUGUGUGUGUGUGUGUGUAUGUGUGUGUGUGUGUAUGUAUGAGAGUUCGGGGACAUUUGAGGUCAUAGCUCAUGAUCUCCUCUGAGGUGCACCAUCACCCCCUCUGAGGGCCUCUAGGCCCUUGACAUGCCUCCCCAAGGGCUCACCAAGCCAGAGGCCAAAGUGCCCCCAUCUCCCCUUCACCUACCACCCGAGUCCUCAUGCCCUCCUAGGGCUGGGGGAGGAGGGGCUAAAGGAAGGGAGGUUCCAUGUACAUAUUUAUCACCCCUUCCACAUAGCCCCACAUACCUUUUGUACAUUUUUACAAGGGUGCCCCUCCCAACAGUCCCCUUCCUGGUUAAUUAAAUCCUCAGACUGGUGCUGUGUUCCUAGCCUCUGGCCUCUCUGUGGGGGGCAAGCGGGGUGCAGGGGGAAGAACCGGUUGGAGAUAGACAGGAACCCAGGGCUUCUGGGAAUGUGGGUCCAGCAGGAGAUAGACUAACAGGGAAGAGACCUAGGAAUCUAGGCUGGAGGGAAGAGCCAAUGUUUCUGCUUGGCUGAGGGCCCUGGUCCUCCCCUACUUGUUCUUGUUAAUUCUAUGUGCCCCUAGCCCCAACAGGCUCAACCACUUAGCCUCAGACCACCUCUCAAUGGCUCAGUCCACCCCACCCCAUUUCCAAGUGCUCCGAGAACUCCUGGGCCCUGCUCCCCAGAACCCUUUCUCCAGAACCCUGCCCCAGGCAAAGCAAGAAGGGCAGAGAAGGUCAUCAUGUACCACACACCAAAGAAGGGGGUUGGCCCAGGGGUGGGUGACACAGGCAGCUUUUUCAGCAGCCUCAUGGCAGUAGCCCCAGCCUUCCCAAAGCAGCAGGCUCCUCCAGGCUGGGGCCCAUCUUAGAAGGCAGGGGUCAGUUUAACAAAACCCUAAUGUUGACUUUUUUCCCCCGGUGGGGCUUAUUCUGUAACAUGACUUGCGGAUAUUUAUAUAAAAAUAAGUGUUACAAUGA